CCAGUCAGACUGUCAUGUGUUAUAGCAGUCUUUAUCGCAUUGUUUAUCUGCAUCAACAGGUAACCAUGACGUCAGUGUCUGCCUGCAUGGACCCUCCUCCGGCUCUCGCGCUCCACUGCUGCCCGCUGCUCCAGCUGCUACCGCCGCUGUCUGGCUGCCGGUGUCUGCGUGCGUGCCCGCCUCCUCCUUUCCGCCGUCUGCCCCGGUCCAUGUAGGCUAGCAGUCGGACACCAUGACGGGGAUCGCCGCUGCCUCCUUCUUCUCCAACACCUGCCGUUUCGGGGGCUGCGGGCUCCACUUCGAGUCUCUGGCCGAGCUGAUCGUACACAUCGAGGAUAACCACAUCGACACGGAUCCUCGUGUCCUGGAGAAACAGGAGCUGCAGCAGCCCACCUACGUAGCCCUCAGUUACAUCAACAGGUUCAUGACGGAUGCGGCACGUCGUGAGCAUGAGUGUUUGAAGAAGAAGGUGCAGCCGAAACUCUCGCUGUCCCUGACGUCCUCCAUCGCUCGCGGCAACGUGGCCACGCCCCCACGACACACCAGUGGCAACCUCACUCCCCCCGUCACGCCGCCGAUCACCCCCUCAUCCUCAUUCAGGAGCAGCACACCCACAGGCAGUGAGUAUGACGAGGAGGAGGCGGACUUUGAGGAGUCGGACAGCGACGAGUCGUGGACGACGGAGAGCGCCAUCAGCUCUGAGUCAAUCCUCAGCUCCAUGUGCAUGAACGGCGGCGACGAGAAGCCCUUCGCUUGCCCUGUGCCUGGCUGCAAGAAGAGAUACAAGAAUGUGAACGGUAUUAAGUACCACGCUAAGAACGGGCACCGUACCCAGAUCCGCGUGCGGAAGCCGUUUAAGUGUCGCUGUGGGAAGAGCUACAAGACGUCUCAGGGUCUGCGCCACCACACCAUCAACUUCCACCCGCCUGUCUCCGCCGACAUCAUACGCAAGCUGCAGCAGUAGGCCCAUCGGCCGCGCGUCGCCGUGCCAACCAGCCACCCUGACCCCACCCCACCAUUCCACCCCCCCCCCCCCCCAAAGAGGGCAUCUGCCAGCCUUCACAUUCUACCUCCUCUCUGAGGAACCACACACACACACACACACACACACACACACACACACACACACACACACAGUCUCUCACAAAAAUACACACUCACACCCAACACACACAUACGCAAAUAGUCAUUUGCGCAAACACACACACACCACCAUACACUACGUUUGCAUGCUUUAAGUCUCUUUAUCAGCAUUGGUUUUGCUCCUCUUCUGUUUUGAGAUGAUGUAUCUUCUUAUAGAGUUCACACUUUUGUAUUUUUGCACACUCUGCUAUCCCUUCUGCCGAUUAUUAUUUUCUUAUUGUUAUUGUUCUUUGAUAUUAUUUUUCCAACAUGGUGCUUAGCGUGAGGAAAGGUGGCGUGCAUUUAGCCAAGAGAUUUGUACCCCCACACCAAGUUCACCCACACUCAGAGAACAGGAGGGAGACACACACACACACACACACACACACACACACACACACACACACACACACAUAGUCCUUUCUGCCUGUUUGGUUUAUACUGAGUCAGCUGGUGUGGGGUGUAGUUGAAAGUAUUUGAAUGUUUUGUAUUAUAACAUACCCAAUAUAUUACGCAGUCAUAGAGAUAGUCUUGUAUAUAUAUUCUAUAAACUUUUCAUAAUCAGAUGUAAGAUCUUUAUGCUUUAUUCCUGUAUUCCAUUUGAUUUGGGGUUUUUCAGCAGAGAAGAGAUGGCCUUUGAUGUGCACUCUGACAAAGUUUCACAUUCCUCUCGUUCCUCCCCCCCUCUCUUUUUCACCUCUCAUUCCCUCAUUCCUUUCUUCUGUCUCUCUAUCCCUCCUUCCUCUCCUCCACCUCCACGCUUGUUCUUUCUCACCAAAACGACAAUCUCAGGAGUCCAAAACGCCAGCAUUUCACAAACAACCCUCCUCUUACCCCCACCGCCCUGACCCCAGUCACCACCCGCCCCAAACCCCUCCCCCUUGCACACCACCAGCAACUUGGUCAGCGUUCUCCGCCAGUGUGGGCCAGCUGGUGUUUGUUGAGUGGAGUUGUACGAGUUUGACUGAUCUGGAGUCAGUGUGGAGCUGGGAGUUGCAUUUCUGAACAUUCUAAAGACUGCAACCAACCACUGCCAACUUUAGAAUAUUGGGGUUUGUUGCCGUUUGUUGGGGCAGUGUGCAAGCACCUAAAGCUAUUACAAAACCCCAGACCCUGUGUUCGAGUGUGUGUGUGGGGGUAGUGUUGGGAAUAUUUAAACCCCAGACCCUGUUAGAGUGUGUGUGAAGGUAGUGUUGGGACUAUUUAAACCCCAGACCCUGUUAGGGUGUGUGUGUGGGGGAGGCAGUCCUGGGAGUAUUAAAGCACUUUGUAGAGACCAGUUGCCAACAUAGUUUGAGGUGUUUUUGUUUUCGUUGCCAACCUCUGCAGGCCGCAGGUUGUCAUGCCAACGAGUGUUCCGCUGCAGGAUCCAAACACAGCGUUCUGUUCAUAUCUCCUUCCGUCUGUCUGUCUCUCUCUCUCUCUCCACCCUUCUGUCCGUCUCUCUCUCUCCACCCUUCUGUCUGUCUCUCUCUUUCUCUCCACCCUUCCACCUCCAUGUUCUGUUCAUCACUCUUCCCUCCCCAUUGGAUCACUGUUUGUCUUUAUCCUUUCUCUCUCCCUCUCCUUCUCUCCUCCCUCCUGUGCUGUGUGUGUGUGUGUGUGUGUGUGUGUGUGUGUGUGCGCGUGCCCUGAUGACUUAUGUUAAUUCACACACACCCAUAUGUAUGGUUGCCUUUGAAUUGUGGACCACAACAGCAGUGAACUCUGAGCGGACCGCAUGCCAAAAGAGGGCCAGAGCCAAUAGGCUGCGUGUGCCAGUCGGCCGCGGACCAAUCACAGGCCGGUCCACCAUGGACUCGGCUGCCGCCAAAAGCUGGGGCGUUACGGACGACGCCCCCAAUCUGAUCCGAUUAGUCUGCGAUCCGACAGACUGCCCAGUCCAGAUUCCUUCAGUGUGUGUGUGUGUGUGUGUGUGAGCGUUCUAAUUCUGCCUGACCCUUUGGUGUCGUAAGGUCACCAGGCCUCUUUCCUCUGAGUCCUAGCCCUGAGCAGAGGGACUGAGUGACAAAGCAUCGCACCAAUGGGACGCAAGCAAGGUGCUGGAGCAGGGCGUGUCAGGGGGAAAGGGGCGGGACCAAACCCAGACACCCCGCCCCCCUGGCGGGCCUGUCAAUCAGUCAACAUGACCUCAUCAUCAUCAUCAUCAGUGCAUGGACGUAAAUGUUUCUUCUGAGAACUCCGGUUUCUCCGUUAGCGUUACAGUGACAGUAUUAUGGUGCCAGUAGGACGCGGAGGGUUUGAUAUAUUGUGUAUAGUGAAUGUAUUGUUGUCUGUGUAAGUGCAUUAAAUUAUAUUUUCGUAUGUUUCUGGAGAACAACGUUCCUAUGUGUGUGAUGUUAGCACCGGCGGGAGGUUUGUGCCCACCGGAUGCUCUCAGUACUCUCUUCAAAAACAACAAAAAAACAGCUGCUUCAUCAAUGUAAACCUGAUUACAUUUGAAACAUUAAAAUGGCCUCUGGUGUCAA